AUGGCUAAACUCUGUUCCCUUAACAUUGCUUUCUUCCUACUUCUUCAACUCGCCUUCGCCGACUAUUCACCGUCACUGCCGCCUUCACUCGGAGCGAACUUGCCUCCGCAUCUCGCGCCUACUCCUGACUCUCCACCAGCAAUCUCACCGGCUUUGGGUUCUUCUCCUCCGGCGCCAUCUCCAUCAGAUCUUGAACAAGGAGGUUCACCGCCGUCUCCGAGUUCUCCUGCUCCUUCACCGGAAGAAGCCAGCGAUAUCAACCACAGCAACGUCAAUGCAGACGUAGGCGAAGAGAAUACCGGCGGCGGCGGUGGUGGAGGAAUGAGCGGUGGAAAAAAAGCGGGAAUCGUUGUUGCCGUGGUUGUUGCAGCGUGUUUGGUUGUUGUCGGUGGGUUGGUUUACAAGAAGAGACAAGAUAACAUCAGGAGAUCUCAGUAUGGAUACGCCGCCAGGGCAGAACUUCUCUGA